GGCAGGAAAUACAGAGUUGGAAUUUGGAAGCCAUGAUGAAGGAGUCGGCUUUCACUAAUCAGAACUCAAGAGAACCUUCUUCUUCCCUUCCUCACCUCUUUCAAUCUCCAUCAGCAUGUCCACAGGAAACCCUUCAUACACCAACCCAAAACCCUGCAAGCAUCUUGCAGAUUACAAGCUCAGACAUGGCUUGACUGGCUAUAGAUCCCUCCAAAAGCUAUUCAAGACCACCCCAAAUGGGAGAACAAGUGUUGAGAAACCCAACACAACGAUGCCCAGAUGCAAUUCUUGUAAUGGGUUUCAAGGGAGACUCUAUUUUUGUCUGAUUUGCUCCACAGUCUCAUGUUCGGACCAUACCCUUUUGCAUAACCAGUCUGAGAAUGGCCAUGAUGUAGCUGUGGACAUGGAAAGGGCUGAGCUUUAUUGCUGUGUGUGCUGUGAUCAGGUCUAUGACCCUGAUUUUGAUAAGGCUGUAAUGUCCAAGCACAUCAUGGGCAUCCCAAGAGAUAAGAAUGGUGAUGAGAGUAUUGGAGAGAGAUUGGUUAAGAGGAGGCGGUUGGGUUCUGGUGUAGUAGAAGAAGAAUUGGUGGAUUUGAGCAAAUCCAAACAGUUGGUUUCCAUGAGGGAUCGGAGGGCUAAAUCUUGUUAUCCAUUGGGUUUGAGGGGAUUGACAAAUCUGGGGAGUACUUGUUUCAUGAACUCUGUGUUGCAAGCUUUGCUACAUGCACCUCCUUUCAGGAAUUACUUCUUGAGUGAUGGGCAUAAUCGUGAGACUUGCCGGAAAAGAUCGGUGGAUCGGCUAUGCUUGCCUUGUGACAUUGAUGCUAUUUUCUCUGCCGUGUUUUCGGGUGAUCGGGCACCAUAUAGCCCUGCCCAGUUUCUUUACAGUUGGUGGCAGUAUUCAGCAAAUCUGGCAAAUUAUGAGCAGCAGGAUGCUCAUGAGUUCUUCAUUUCAGUCUUGGAUGGGAUCCAUGAGAAAGAGAGCAAAUUAAGUAACCGAAAUAGAGAUAAUGGAGAUUGCCUGUGUAUUGCUCAUAAGGUAUUCUCUGGACAGUUGAGAUCAGAUGUCACUUGCAUGACCUGUGGAUUCACAUCAACAACUGAUGAGCCUUGUGUGGAUAUCUCACUUGACCUGGAUACAAACAAUUUCUCUCCAAAAAAUAUAGCUAACAAGCCUAUCAAAUCAAAUGAGAACAGCAGUAUAUCCACUCUUCUGGGUUGUUUGGAUUUGUUCACGAGACAGGAGAAGUUGGGAUCAGACCAGAAACUUCACUGCAGGAACUGUCAAGAAAUGCGAGACUCGGUGAAGCAAAUGUCCAUCAAGAGGCUACCAUUGGUGUUGUGUUUACAUAUAAAACGAUUUGAGCACUCACCGGUCAGAAGAAUGUCAAGAAAAAUCGACCGCCAUUUGCACUUUCCUUUCUCCUUGGAUAUGACCCCAUAUUUGUCCUCCUCUAUCGUCAGAAACAGAUUUGGAAAUAGAAUCUUUGCUUUUGAGGGUGAUGAAUCAGAUAUUUCUACAGAAUUUGAGAUUUUUGCGGUGGUUACUCACUCGGGGACGCUUGAAUCUGGCCAUUAUGUUACUUAUCUGCGCUUAAGCGACCAAUGGUACAAAUGUGAUGAUGCUUGGAUUACUGAGGUUGAUGAGGGGUUGGUGAGAGCUUCACAGUGUUAUGUGAUGUUCUACGUGCAGAAAAUGCUUUACCACAAAGCCAACGAGGAUUUGAGUUGCCUGCCAAUUUCCCCACGGAGGGACACAUUUCUUCCCAUAGCUGGUUGCUGCUAAAGAGUGUUUCAGCUGAGCAUGGGCAAGCAGUUGGUUGAUCAUGAAAGGGCUUUCUACAUCAUUAAAGGCCAGCUAAAGAGCAAAGGAGACCCAGUGAGAAGGUGGAAAAGAAACACUUCUUAGUUGAUGGGAGUGUGCUUCCAUUAAAGGCAUCAACAAUUUACAGAAUAGGAAGAUCAAUAAACUGAAGAGAGAUGCUGGUUUUCCAAUUCCUGUAAAUCUCUCAAUGACUUAUUAAUGGCUGCACGAGAGAUUGGCUGUAUAUAGGGUGACUAUGCUUAAUUUAGGGGUGCCCUCCCAGCUCUUUACAAGAUUUUGCUCAAGAUUCUUUAACUUCAGGUCAGACUUGUGCAAAUAAAUAUUUACAACUAAUGAAAUACUAUUUAAAUUUUAACAUUC